AUGGAGAAAGAUGAAGGAGAAAGCUGGAGAGAAAUGGUGAGAAAGAUGCUUCCUCCGGGAGCUCCUAUACCGGAAAACCCAUCGGAAUUCGAUUACUCUAUAGCUUUAGAGUACACUGGUCCACCUCCGGUACAUGAAAUCCCUAGAGUUUCACCUGUUGAUGUUAAUCCUCCUCGAGUGAACAAUCCGAUCCCAUUGCCGGUUUCUCGUUUAGCCGGAGGAGUCACGAGCUCCGAGAGUCCAAGAGGUUCGCCUGCUAGCUCUGAGUCUGUGGUCUCUGUUUUGCAUAAUAACCCUGAAUCAUCAUCUGGAUCAGCUUCUGUAUCACCAGUCUCUGCUCAUAGACAAAAUUGGAACCGGGUUCGGAGACCGGUUGUGAAAUUCAAACCUGUUGACGAUAAUGAUCGGAUUGAAAGGAAAGACGCUGCAAAGGAGGAGAACGAUGUGGAGACGGAGACGGAGAGGGAGAGGAAAGUCGAAGAAUGUACUGCGGUUCCGAAGAGACGGAGGAGGAAGAAGAAGAGAGAGUGUUCUAGAUGCGGUAAAGCGAAAUGGGAACAUAAAGAGACUUGUAUUGUGUGUGAUGAAAAGUACUGUGGAAACUGCGUUCUUAGGGCGAUGGGUUCGAUGCCAGAAGGAAGAAAGUGUGUGACUUGCAUCGGUCAAGCAAUUGACGAAUCGAAACGGUCUAAAUUAGGGAAACAGUCAAGGGUAUUGGCACGGUUGCUUAGUCCUUUGGAAGUUAAACAGAUAAUGAAGGCGGAAAAGGAGUGUGCAGCUAAUCAGCUGAGGCCCGAGCAAUUGAUCGUGAAUGGGUGUCCAUUGAAGCCUGAGGAAAUGGCUGAAUUGCUCAAUUCUCCUUUGCCGCCUCAGAAGUUGAAACCGGGUAGAUAUUGGUACGAUAAAGAAUCAGGUCUAUGGGGCAAGGAAGGAGAGAAGCCUGACAGAGUCAUAAGCUCGAAUCUGAACUUUACGGGGAAGCUGUCUCCGCACGCUAGCAAUGGGAACACGGAAGUUUAUAUUAACGGUCGGGAGAUCACAAAGCUUGAAUUGAGGAUUUUGAAGCUAGCAAAUGUACAGUGUCCACGCGAUACUCAUUUUUGGGUAUACGAUGAUGGGCGUUAUGAGGAAGAAGGGCAGAAUAAUAUCCGAGGAAACAUUUGGGAGAAGGCAUCUACAAGGUUCAUGUGUGCGCUAUUUUCUUUACCUGUUCCUCAUGGACAACCUCGUGGAAUAGUGCAACCGCCGAGCAAUUAUGUUACCGUUCCAAAUUAUAUAGAGCAUAAGAAGAUUCAGAAGCUUCUACUUCUCGGUAUUGAAGGGUCUGGAACUAGCACUAUCUUCAAACAGGCUAAGUUUUUGUACGGGAACAAGUUUUCGGUGGAAGAGCUUCAAGAUAUUAAGCUGAUGGUACAAAGUAAUAUGUAUAGAUAUCUCAGUAUCCUACUCGAUGGAAGAGAACGGUUUGAAGAAGAAGCUUUAUCGCAUUCGAGAGGUUUAAGCUUCGUUGAAGGAGAUUCAGGAGGUGAGGUAGCGAACGACGAUGGAACUAUCACUACACCUCAGUGUGUCUAUACGUUGAACCCGAGGUUGAAGCAUUUCUCGGAUUGGCUUCUAGACAUCAUAGCAACUGGUGAUCUCGAUGCGUUUUUUCCAGCGGCAACACGCGAAUACGCUCCGUUAGUUGAAGAAGUUUGGAAAGAUCCGGCAAUCCAAGCGACAUAUAGACGAAAAGACGAGCUUCAUUUCCUUCCUGAUGUUGCGGAAUACUUCUUGAGUCGGGCCAUGGAAGUGUCAAGCAACGAGUACGAGCCUUCAGAGCGUGAUAUCGUAUACGCAGAAGGCGUUACACAAGGAAAUGGAUUAGCUUUCAUGGAGUUUUCUCUCAACGAACACAGUCCAAUGUCUGAAACUUACCCAGAAAACCCUGACGCUGUAUCACCUCCUAAUCCAAAGUACCAGCUGAUCCGGGUAAACGCAAAGGGGAUGAACGAUAGCUGCAAAUGGGUCGAAAUGUUUGAAGAUGUACGAGCAGUCAUCUUCUGCAUCAGCUUAAGCGAUUACGAUCAGAUCAGCAUCACACCGGAAAGCAGCGGAACAGUGAAUUUCCAGAACAAAAUGAUCCAAAGCAAAGAACUUUUCGAGUCAAUGGUUAAGCAUCCGUGUUUCAAAGACACACCGUUUAUCUUGAUCCUAAACAAGUACGAUCUCUUUGAGGAAAAGCUAAACCGUGCGCCAUUAACCACUUGCGACUGGUUCAGCGAUUUCUGUCCCGUGAGGACAAACAGCAACGUGCAGUCACUAGCUUACCAAGCUUACUUCUACGUAGCGAUGAAGUUCAAGUUUCUUUAUGCAUCUCUCACGGGUCAGAAACUGUUUGUGUGGCAAGCUCGGGCUAGGGACCGCGCGAAUGUGGACGAAGGGUUUAAGUAUGUGAGAGAGGUAUUGAAAUGGGAAGAGGAGAAAGAAGAGAAUUACUUAAAUGGUGGAGAGGAUUCGUUUUAUAGUACUGAUAUGAGUUCUUCGCCGUAUGUUGUUAGACAAGAGGAGUGA